AUGAUCACUUUUCCGAACAGAUCUUUUCAGAGAGUUAAUGUUGGCGAGUUAAGGUCCAAUGCUCCAGAAGGAAAAGAACUCGUCAUUGAGAGGAACACAAUCCUUUGGCACCCUGGAUUUAACCAGGUUCUUCCACUUUCUCGGUGUAAUGACCAUUGUUCCCCUGGAUAUUGGAAGAAAGGAGAUGAAGGAAAAAAAUUCUGUUGCUAUGACUGUGUUCAAUGUCCGGAAGGGAAGAUUUCAAAUCAAAUGGAUAUGGAUGACUGUUUUGAAUGUUCAGAAGAUCACUACCCAAAUAAGGAAAAGAUAGAAUGCAUUGUGAAACUGGUGGUCUUUCUAAAUAUUGAAGAAACCCUAGGAAUUGGUUUAACAUCAACAGCUCUUUCUUUCUUCUUCCUCACAAUGUGGGUACUUGGGACUUUUAUUAAGCACAGGGAGACUCCCAUUGUCAAAGCCAACAACCGGUCCCUCACCUACACCCUCCUUGUCUCUCUUCUGCUCUGUUUUCUCUCCUCUUUGUUCUUUCUCAGUCAGCCUGGCAAAGUGACCUGCCUUCUCCGACAAUCAGCUUUUGGCAUCACUUUCUCAGUGGCCAUUUCUAGUGUCCUGGCCAAAACUAUUACUGUGGUUGUGGCUUUCAUGGCCACUAAACCAGGUUCUCAGAUGAGGAAAUGGGUGGGGAAAAGAUUGUCCUUUUCUAUCGUCCUUUCAUGCUCUCUCUUACAAGUAUGUAUUUGUAUUCUUUGGUUGUCAACAUCUCCCCCAUUCCCUGAGUUGGACAUGCACUCAGAGCUCCAAGAAAUGAUUUUACAGUGCAAUGAGGGGUCAGCUCUCUUCUUCUAUUGUGUCUUGGGCUACAUGGGUAUCUUGGCCAUCGGCAGCUUUGUUGUGGCUUUUCUUGCCCAUAAAUUACCUGACAGCUUUAAUGAAGCCAAGUUCAUCACCUUCAGCAUGUUGGCCUUUUGCAGUGUGUGGAUCUCCUUCUUUCCAGCCUAUCUGAGCACAAAGGGAAAAGCCAUGGUAGCCGUGGAGGUCUUCUCCAUCUUGGCUUCCAGCACUGCAUUACUGGGAUGCAUAUUCCUGCCAAAAUGCUACAUCAUUGUUUUCAGGCCUCAGCUAAACCACAGGGAGCAACUAAUAAAGAGGAUUUAGUACAUCAUAUACUUUUUCUUUAUGUUUCUUUAAGUGUUUCUUUAGUACAACACUUUUUCUUGCUAUACUAACAAAGAAGAAUAAAAAAGUCUAUUUGCUGUGUAUAUAAAACAUAUAGAAGUUAUUUCUGUGAAAGGAGGAUAUUUGGAAGGUUAUAAUGUCAUCCAUUCAAAAAGAAGUGUUCAUGAUGCUGCAUUUUCAAAUAUUUUUGGAGAUUGUUUAACCUAACUCCUCUCACCCUUUCAACGCUUCACCUCAAGAAGAUUUUGAGAAUCUAGAUUUCUCGGAUACUAUUAGGAGAUUUCAGAUAUUAAUUCAAAGGAUAUCCAAAAUCUUUCAUGGUUUUUAUACUUUCUGUUCAUAAACCACUGUGUAAAUAUAGUAAAAGGGUGAUUAACAUUUUAUGAA